GUUUCGGGAGCAUUGAUCGUAGGGCACUACACUUCGAUCAGCUAGAUGGCGCAGCGACGUUUCCCUCGCCAUUUUGUAUUGCCACCCUCCAGCUUGUGUCACGAAACAGUGGUAGCUUAGGGUGGACGUAAGAUAAUAGAAAUGGCUGGGAAUCCGGGGUUGGAGCAGCUAAUCCCCGUCGUAAAUAAACUCCAAGAUGCAUUCACGCAACUUGGAGUUCAUAUGCAACUUGAUUUACCUCAAAUUGCCGUUGUUGGAGGACAAAGUGCUGGAAAAAGUUCUGUAUUGGAAAACUUUGUCGGAAGGGAUUUUUUACCAAGAGGUUCUGGAAUAGUUACACGUAGACCACUUAUACUUCAGCUUAUCAACAGCAUAACUGAACAUGGCGAGUUUCUUCAUUGUAAAGGAAAAAAGUUCACAGACUUCGAUGAAAUACGCAGAGAAAUUGAGGCUGAGACAGACAGGGUUACUGGUUCAAAUAAAGGGAUUUCAAAUAUUCCUAUUAAUCUGAGGGUUUAUUCUCCCAAUGUAUUGAACCUGACACUCAUAGACUUGCCUGGAAUGACAAAAGUCCCGGUAGGGGAUCAGCCACCAGAUAUCGAACAUCAAAUACAUAGUAUGAUCAUGCAGUAUAUUAAAAGAGAAUCCGCCCUUAUUCUUGCCAUCACCCCUGCCAACACAGACUUGGCUAACAGUGAUGCGCUGAAAAUGGCUAAGGAAGUAGAUCCUCAAGGUGUUCGAACUAUUGGUGUGAUUACUAAACUAGAUUUAAUGGACGAGGGUACUGAUGCCCGUGAUAUUCUAGAAAAUAAACUUCUUCCCCUUCGAAGAGGUUAUAUAGGUGUAGUAAAUAGAAGUCAAAAAGAUAUCGAUGGCAGGAAAGAUAUCAAAGCAGCGUUAUCAGCUGAAAGAAAAUUCUUUCUGAGUCAUCAAGCUUACCGUCAUAUGGCAGAUAGAUUAGGAACUCCUUACCUUCAGAGGGUUUUGAAUCAACAACUUACCAAUCAUAUCAGGGAUACACUUCCAGGGUUGCGUGAUAAACUACAAAAACAAAUGCUUGCCUUAGAAAAAGACGUCGAACAGUACAAAUAUUUCAGACCUGAUGAUCCUUCAAUCAAAACCAAAGCAAUGUUACAGAUGAUACAACAGUUACAGUCGGAUUUUGAAAGAACCAUCGAAGGAAGUGGUUCAGCCCAAAUUAACACUAUGGAGUUGUCAGGUGGUGCUAAGAUUAACAGGCUAUUUCAUGAGAGGUUUCCUUUUGAACUAGUCAAAAUGGAAUUUGAUGAAAAGGAACUAAGAAGGGAAAUUGCUUUUGCUAUUAGAAAUAUUCAUGGUAUAAGAGUUGGAUUAUUUACACCUGAUAUGGCAUUUGAAGCGAUUGUAAAAAAGCAAAUUGAGAGACUCAAGGAACCAUGUCUUAAGUGUGUGGACCUGGUCGUUGCUGAGCUCUGUAAUGUUGUUCGUAUUUGUACUGACAAGAUGGCCAGAUAUCCUCGUCUUCGAGAAGAGACAGAAAGAAUCAUUACCACCUACGUAAGGGAAAGGGAACAACUGUGCAAGAAACAGUUGACAAUGUUAGUCGAUUGUGAACUCGCUUACAUGAAUACAAAUCAUGAAGACUUUAUCGGUUUUGCCAAUGCCCAGAAUCAGUCAGAAAACUCUAAUAAAGCUGGUCGUAAACUCGGUAACCAAGUUAUAAGAAAAGGUUGGAUGUGCAUUCAUAACUUGGGAAUAAUGAAGGGUGGAAGUCGUGAUUAUUGGUUUGUCUUGGCAUCUGAAAGCAUUUCUUGGUUUAAGGAUGAGGAGGAAAGAGAGAAAAAAUAUAUGCUACCUCUUGACGGCCUGAAGCUGAGAGAUAUCGAACAAGGUUUUAUGUCCAGACGCCACAUGUUCGCUUUAUUUAAUCCUGAUGGCCGAAACGUUUAUAAGGACUUCAAGCAACUCGAAUUAAGCUGUGAAACUCAAGAUGAUGUCGAUUCUUGGAAAGCCUCAUUCCUUAGAGCUGGAGUCUAUCCAGAAAAAUCCACUGAUGCAGCUAAUGGAGACGAGGGCGCAAGUGAAGGAACUGCUUCGAUGGAUCCUAUGCUGGAAAGACAGGUGGAAACCAUCCGAAAUCUUGUCGAUUCCUACAUGAAGAUUGUUACGAAAACAACUCGUGAUUUAGUACCAAAGACAAUUAUGUUCUUAAUUAUUAAUGAGGCAAAAGAGUUUAUUAAUGGGGAACUACUAGCUCAUCUGUAUGCUUCUGGUGAUCAGACCUCGAUGAUGGAAGAAAGUCAAGAAGAAGCUAUGAAGAGAGAGGAAAUGCUGAGAAUGUAUCAAGCCUGCAAAGAAGCUCUAAGAAUAAUCGGUGACGUUUCAAUGGCCACAGUGUCAACACCCGUGCCUCCUCCUGUUAAAAAUGAUUGGCUGGCCUCAGGCAUGGAUAAUCCUAGGCUCUCUCCACCUUCACCUGGUGGCCCUCGGCGAGGUGUACCCUCACAAGGAAGCGGAGGAGGUGGAGGAGGAGGAUCAAGAGCCCCACCUCCACUUCCACAAUCUAACAGGCCUGCUCCGGCCAUUCCCUCUCGUCCUGGUCCUGGAGCGCCUUCUGGAAGACCUGCUCAGGGUGCAUUGCCGCCUCCUCUUAUUCCAUCGCGCGGUAGUGGGCAGCAAAUUCAGAUCCCUCAAAGAGUUCAGCAGGAAGUUGGGAAAGUGGUUACUCAAGCUGCAAUGAACGAACUUGCCAACGCUUUUUCUUCACGCUUCAAACGCCCAGUUAAUUUGGCUAAACCUAAACUACCUGAAAGGCCUCAUAGCCAGUAUCUUGGAAAGCUUCAUUAGUUUUGAAUGAAUGUUCGACAGAAUAUUUUAUUUAGUAACUGAAACUGAAAUAUUUUUAUUGAAGAGAAGUAUUUUUAAACAGUGGAUUUCAGUGGUACUUAUUUCUUAUAAUAUUAGAUUGAUUCUGAAGUUUCAAAACAUCUGUUUUCAUAUUUAAGAUACUUCUCACUAAAUGUGUGUAACUAUUUGAUGAACCCAUUGACUUUUUUCAUUCAAGUUGUAGAAUUAACAAAGUAUCCUGAUAUUGUUAGUACAUAGAUUUGUUUUAGUUAUGAUUUAUUUAUUUUUAAUGUCAAAGGUUGGCAUAAUUUUUUAUGUAUACCAAAGUAUUCCAUGAUGCCUGAAAGCCCUUUGUUAAUGAAUGAUUUUUAAAAUGAAUGCAUGAUAUUAAUAAGUAGAAUUUAAAGUCUAAAACCAAUGAUUUCUUUAUAUUUAUGUAAAUAUUUAACAUCACUUUAUCUGUUGUAAAUAUUAAAAAAUCAUGGAAUCAAAUAUUUAUAUAUGAUAUAUAAAUGUUUUAUUUAAAUCUAGUUACCAAUAAAUUGUAAAUAUUACAAAUACAUUCCUAAUAAUUUCUUUGAUUCCUAAUAGAUAUGGGUUGAUUUCAAGAAUAAGUACUCUUGUAUGCUUUGAAGAUUGACAAAUAAAUAAAUUAUAACAUUUAUUGUAUAAAUGAUUUUUAGUACUUUGUUCGAACUUAAAUCUAUUAAUGGAUGUGAAGUACUUUAGUAUCUACUACCAAUGUGAUAUAUAAAAGUAUUGUUAAUAGAUAUGUAAUUUAUUAUUUAGCUUUUUACUGAUAUAUAUUAUGUUUUUAUACACAUGCAUUUGUAUAAUUAUGAAAUAAACACUGUAUAUAUAUA